AUAAUAAUAAUAGUAAUAAAAAAGAAGAAAAAAAAAAACUUAAAACAUAUGCUAAAACCCUAGUUCAUCCUCUUUAGAAUUAGCAGUUAUUCUCAAAAACCUCAGACUUUCAAACAUGGUUCGCAGCAUAAAGAACCCAAAAAAGGCCAAGAGAAAGAACAAGGGUUCAAAGCAAGGAGAUGCGUCUUCUUCAUCAAUACCGACGAUGCCAACAAAGGUGUGGCAACCAGGAGUUGACAAGCUUGAGGAAGGCGAGGAGCUCGAGUGUGAUCCCUCGGCGUAUAAUUCUCUUCAUGGGUUUCAUAUUGGCUGGCCCUGCUUGAGUUUUGAUAUUGUACAUGAUAAAUUGGGCUUGCUUCGGACAGAAUUUCCCCACACGGUGUACUUUGUCGCUGGCACUCAGGCAGACAAAGCUUCUUCUAACACUAUCGGAAUAUUUAAAGUAUCUAAUAUUUCUGGUAAAAGACGUGAAUUGGUGCCUGCCAAAACUACAGAUGGUGACGCUGAAAUUGAUACUGAUAGCAGUGAUAGUGAUGAAGAUAGUGAAGACGAGGAGCAUGGUGGAUCUCGGGCACCAGUUUUGCAGAUACGCAAUGUAGCUCACCAAGGAUGUGUAAAUCGCAUACGUGCAAUGGCACAAAAUCCCCAUAUAUGUGCAUCUUGGGCUGACACUGGUCACGUUCAGAUAUGGGAUUUUAGUUCUCAUCUGAAUGCUUUAUCGGAGUCAGAAGCGGAUCGCCAAGGAGGCCCUUCAGCUGUUAAUCAGGCUCCUUUGGUUAAGUUUGGAGGACAUAAGGAUGAAGGUUAUGCUAUUGAUUGGAGUCCUCGUGUCACUGGAAGGCUGGUAUCUGGUGACUGCAAGAAUUGUAUUCACUUAUGGGAGCCAUCUGGUGCGACAUGGAAUGUUGGUAGUGUCCCAUUUGUUGGACAUGCUGCGAGUGUGGAAGAUCUACAAUGGAGCCCUACAGAGGAUGCGGUAUUUGCCUCUUGUUCUGUGGAUGGAAGUAUUGCAAUAUGGGAUAUCCGCUUGGGGAGGACUCCUGCAAUUUCUUUCAAGGCACAUAAUGCCGAUGUGAAUGUUAUUUCAUGGAACAGGUUGGCUAGUGUUAUGCUGGCAUCUGGAAGUGAUGAUGGGACAUUUUCUAUUCGCGAUCUUAGAUUAUUAUCACAAAAACAGGAAGAAGAUAAAUCUGUGGUAGCACAUUUUGAAUAUCAUAAACACCCUAUCACAUCCAUUGAAUGGAGUCCACAUGAAGCCUCUGCACUGGCAGUUUCAUCAUCUGACAAUCAAUUAACAAUAUGGGAUCUUUCCUUAGAAAAGGAUGAGGAAGAGGAAGCAGAGUUUAGAGCUAAAACAAAUGAGCAAGUAAAUGCCCCAGCAGAUUUACCUCCUCAACUUCUGUUUGUUCAUCAGGGGCAAAAGGAUUUGAAAGAACUCCAUUGGCAUGACCAGAUUCCGGGUAUGAUCGUGUCUACUUCAGCUGAUGGUUUCAAUAUCUUGAUGCCUUCGAACAUUCAGAGUACCCUUCCAUCUGAAGGUGCUUGAGACUUGCAUUCUGUCAGCAGAAUACCUUGCAACGCAGAAACUAUAUGCUGCAUCCACCUGCUGCUUUGAUGCAAAUGACGCCAAUUUUGUCUAUGUGCAUUUUUUUUCUUUUUUAUCGAUGUGGGACACUAUACAAAUUCACUAUGCAAAAUGCAACUAGCUUCAGUCUUGUAAUUUGUUCAUUGUUUGUCAAAGUGGCAAUUGUUAGCGACCCAUCAUAUUCUAUUGUGGAGAGAAGACAGGCAUGGGUAAGAGCUAGCUAGCUAGCUUGUGAACCGAGUUGGAGAGCGACUUUUAACUGGAAAAUAUGUUCUACAAAUUAAUAUGCAUUAAUGAUACAGUGUUGAUAUUCUAUUGGAAA